CACAGCCGAGACGGCGAGUGCAGAGAUACGCAACAAAGCCGAUAGGAAAAGUGAAAAAUUUGGUGAUUUCAGUGAAAAAGUGAAAAUUUUUAAUUAUUCUUGUUGAACUGGUGUACAAUAUUAGUUUCUGACAGAGUAUUCGGUAUUUUUGAGUCCGAUAGUAGCGUGUUGCAUUGAAUUGCGAGCUUUGUUCCAUUUAUCAGUGGCGUGAGUGCUCUAAAAUUUGGUGCUUGUGCAAGGUGACUGAAAAUUUACCACAGCAAAGUCAAAAUUUGUAGACGUUGCACAGGAAGUUCUGUAUGCUAUUAUGAAAAAAGGCAUUUUUCGAUCAACGCCGGUGUCAUGUGAGUACAGAUAAUUACGGCAAUUAACUGUUAGCGUUUUCGCUAGGAAAAAAAAGUAAAAAGUAAUCAACUGCAUCCAGAGGAAAAAAAUCCAACAAAAUGCAAGCACGAUGAAGCGCGGUCGAACAGAAGAGAUUCAGUUUGGGCAGCCUCCGCGAUCCGGUGGGACUGCCCCCCAUCAGCGUCUCAUCGCAGCGACCCAGUCACAUAAUGCUGGGCCCACGAUACAAUAUCAGAUAUCGCCCAAUGUCAUUAAAACAUCGACACCGGCCGAGGUUGUGGCUAGUUUGCAGUCUCAGCAGCAGCAGCAACCUCAAUCGCAGACAGUAUCCCAACAAUCACAGCAAGUUCCCCAACAACAACAACAACAACAGCAGCAGAUUACCCAGCAAUCUGUACCACCGUCUCAACAGCAGCCCAGCGUUCAAUAUACUACUACUUCCUACACCGCUGCCAUCGGUAGUGGGAAUCUGGUGAAAACGACUGGUCACACUCAACCUUCAGUUCCCCAGUCGACACAGCAGAUCCAUGUUGUCAACACGACCAAUCAAGUUCGUGGCCAUAAGGGUGCCCCUAAUGUGACCGCCAACACGGGGCAGGUAAUCACCACAAUGUCAACGAAUGUUAUUCCAACAGCUCAGUCUCAAGUACCGCCACCACCCCAGGGACAAGCGCAAUUCCAGCGACUAAAGGUCGAAGAUGCCCUUAGCUAUCUGGAUCAGGUGAAGUUUCGUUUCGGCAAUCAACCACAAGUUUACAAUGAUUUCCUCGACAUAAUGAAGGAAUUCAAAUCUCAAAGCAUUGAUACGCCCGGUGUCAUCCAACGAGUGUCGAACCUGUUCAAAGGCCAUCCCGAACUGAUCGUUGGCUUCAAUACGUUUCUGCCGCCGGGAUAUAAAAUCGAAGUGCAAGCAAACGAUCAAGGAUACGCUUUUCAGGUGUCCGUCUCGGUGCCAUCAACAUCGUCGGCUGGGACAGCAGUUGCCCCACAGCCUUCGCCUCACAAAUACAGUACAAUUUUCCAGGGUGGUGGCCAAAUUGUGCAAACCGGAAAUACAGCAGUCAAUUUGAUGACCUACGGGCACUCAACUGGCUCGGUACACACGACUAUUCAGCCAGCUGUAUCCGGUGGGUCAGUAUCGGCAAACUCCAACGUUAGCAGUAUUUCAACGAUUCCUCAAUCGCCGCAGAAUUUCUCAAGGGAUCGUGAACGAACGAUCUCCGGGGGAAGCGCUGGACCGAAUCUUCCUCCAAAUACCGGUUCAGCCUCUACAGUCCCAACUGAUCCAAGUGCAAUGACUACAAACCAACAGCAAAACCUUCACCGAAUGAUCUCCCAGCAAGUGAUAUCCCAUCAACAGCAACAACCACCACCACCGGAACCACCCGCUGGAAACGCAACUCCCAACCAACCGGUAGAGUUUAAUCAUGCCAUUACAUAUGUUAACAAAAUCAAAAAUCGUUUCCACGCACAGCCGGAGAAGUACAAGCGAUUUCUGGAGAUUUUGCACACCUAUCAAAAGGAACAGAAGAUCUACAAGGAAGGUCCUCCAGGAAGCUGCAACAUCGGCGCGAAACAACUGACCGAAGCUGAAGUUUACACGCAGGUGGCAAAACUGUUCGAUAAUCAAGAAGAUCUCCUGCGCGAGUUCGGUCAAUUCCUACCGGACGCCACAAGCCAUACACCACUUCACGUCAAUAAAAAUCACACUAUGCACGAACCGGUACAACCGCCUCCGUCGCAACAAACGCAUGGUAAAAAAAUGUCCGGUAGCAUGAUGAGUGGGAAUGUGAAAGCAUUCAACAGUUCACACCAGGCAAAUUUAGUGCGGUUACAAGAUCGAGAUUACGGGCCAAAUGACAAGGAUUUCUCAACGGGCGGGCCAGUAGGUGGACGAGGUGGUAGCGUAGGACUUGACAAGGAACCGCGAAAUCACAUUAGCAAUCAAAAGUAUGCCCACAAUGCAUCUGGAAUGGGCAGCGGGCAAGGCGGAGGAAGUGCCGUUAAACGGUCACCAUCGUACUCGCAACUAGGAUCAUUAGGUCAAAACCUGUCCUCACGGGAUCGCGACGGUCCCCCAAUCAAACGCCAUAAGCCAAUCUGUCGCGAUAUAACACUCGCUGAAGCUUCCAAGUUCGGCACGCUUAAUGAUUAUGCAUUCUUUGAUAAGGUGCGAAAAGCACUGAGGAGUCCGGAUGUUUAUGAUAACUUCUUGCGUUGUUUGACCUUGUUCAACCAGGAGAUAGUUUCUAAAUCUGAAUUGCAAACUUUGGUCACGCCAUUUCUUAGUCGGUUCCCAGAUUUGUUGAAAUGGUUCCAAGAUUUCCUCGGCCCUUCAAAUGUACCCGAGUGCAUUCCGUUAGCAUCGGCUCAACGGCAGGAUCGAUCUCAAGGCGAACUAGCGACCGAUAUUGAUCUGUCGACUUGCAAACGUCUCGGUGCUAGUUACUGUGCUCUUCCAAAAUCCCACGAAAAUGUCAAGUGCUCCGGAAGAACAAAUCUUUGCAAAGACGUACUAAAUGACACCUGGGUAUCGUUCCCAACGUGGGCCGAGGAUUCGACAUUUGUCACGUCACGAAAAACGCAAUACGAAGAGUUUAUCUAUCGCUGCGAGGACGAACGAUUCGAACUGGACGUUGUGAUAGAGACUAACAGUGCAACGAUACGAGUGCUGGAGGGUGUACAGAAAAAGCUCAGCCGGAUGUCACCGGACGAGGUCAGUAGAUUCCGGCUGGACGAAUGUCUCGGAGGAACAUCAUCGACGAUACAUCAGCGGGCGCUGAAGAGAAUCUACGGUGAUAAAGCGGCCGACAUCAUCCAAGGGUUGAAGAAGAAUCCGGUCGUGGCGGUUCCGGUUGUACUGCGAAGGUUGAAGGCCAAGGAGGAAGAAUGGCGCGAAGCGCAGAAGGGUUUCAACAAGCAAUGGCGCGAGCAAAACGAAAAGUACUAUCUAAAAUCCUUGGAUCACCAGGGUAUUAACUUUAAGCAGAACGACAUCAAGGCGCUACGAUCGAAAAGUUUGUUCAAUGAAAUUGAAACACUUUUUGAUGAGGUGAGUUACAUGAAGCGUCACGAGCAGAGCGAGGAGGGUAGCACCAAUCCGUUGACCAGUGGACCGCACUUAGUUCUACCCUACAAGGACAAAACAAUACUGGACGAUGCGGCCAACCUUUUGAUCCACCACGUGAAACGACAAACGGGCAUCCAAAAGCAGGAAAAGGGUCGCAUCAAACACAUUCUUCGUCAGUUUGUGCCGGAUCUGUUCUUCGCACCCCGUCAGCAGCUGAGCGAUGACGAGCGAGAAGAUGACAUGGACGUCGAUCAAGAGCACGAAGAAGAAAGUAAAUCAACAGCAAAAAAUGGCAAUAAAAAUAGUGGAAGCAAUUGCACAAGUAGCUCCAUCGGCGGAAAUGGUGGCAGCAGCAGCAGUAGUAGCAUCGCCGAACAGAGCAAGGAUUCUACUGUGCCUAUAGUAAAAGAAGAGAUCCCAGAUAGUACAACCGGUGCUAAAGCACCAUCAACUGCUUUAAGCAGUGCACCACCCGACAAUGGAACAGCAUUAGCAGCAACAGCAGCAGCAUCGGCCGGAUCGGUAGCUGCUGUUAGUGGAAAUCAAGCAUCCAGCGCAGCUGCCGGAGAAUCUAGUACUAGUGUGAAUCGAGAGUCAACAACGGACGACAGUGGUAAGGAGAGCUCGACCGAGGAUGCCAUUAAAGUGGAGAUCAAGCAGGAGAACGAUACAGACCUACAGGUGGGUGCAGCUCAAAGCACUCAAUCGUCGCAACAGCAAACACAACAGGCUUCGUUGAACGCACCGUUGCCACCUCAUGCCAUCAGCAAACACUUGGAGGAAGCAUACACGCUGUUUUUCACCAACAACAACUGGUACCUGUUCUUGCGGUUACAUACGAUUUUGUGCGAACGGCUCCGUACAAUCUACGAGCGAGCACAGAUCAUUGCGACCGAAGAGAGAGCCUAUCAAAGCACGCGUACCAAUAGCACGGCAACCGCCCUUCGAUUAAAACCCAAGAGCGAAAUCAAGGUGGAAGACUUCUAUGCCACUUUUCUCGAUAUGCUGAAGAAUGUUCUGGAUGGUAACAUGGAGGCGGGUAAUUUUGAAGAUUCCCUGCGGGAGAUGUUCGGCAUUCAUGCCUACAUUGCAUUUACGCUGGAUAGGGUCGUUCAGAACGCUGUAAGACAACUGCAGCACUGCGUGACGGAACGAGGUGCUCUCGAGUGCGUAGAAUUGUUCCUGCUCGAGCAACGCAAAGGUGGUGCCGGCGGGCUCUGUCGCACCGCAAAUCGUCGUGUCGCCAACGAGCUAGCCUACCAGCGAAAAGCCGAAGCUGCUCUACAAGAUGAGAACUGCUUCAAAAUUUAUGUUUACAAGAUCGAUUGUCGGGUUACAAUUGAACUGCUGGACACGGAGACGGACGAUACGGCGCAGAAUUUUAAGAACGCCCAAAACUUCAGCAACUACGUCGACCGGUUAUCGAAUCCGGCCGCAGCGGGAACGGGAAGCGAAAGUGGAGCCAGCAUAACCGGUGGUCUCGGUUCGACCGGGUUACAUUCCAACGUGGAGAUAAAAACGGAGAAACCGGACGAUGAUAUGAACUUCAUCUGCGGUCCCCGGAAGGCACUGUUCCUGCAGCGAAAUCUGCGUCGGUGUAAAAAAUUGAAUCAAGUAUCGGCAAUCGAAAUGAUGGCGUUAGCAGCGUCGUCGUCGUCGUCGACGACAACACCAGCAACAACAACGACAACAAAGGAGGAUGCUGCGGCUGACAGUGUCAGCGGAAGCAGCCGUUGUAAAUCUCCUCUGGUCAGUGGUGGAACGACGACCACUGGUCCGAAAAAUAAUAACACGGUUUCCACUGAGAUUGGGACGAACAAUAAUAACAACAACAACAUCAGUUCGAGCAAAAAAGGUGGAGACGAUGCCAUUAUCACGGUCUCAACGUGGAACAAUAAGUGUAAGACACCCCCGGAGCGAUUACCUAGCAGCAAUGGUGAUCAAAAUUAUUUCGUGGACGAUCGCGAGCAGUUUAGGUUAAACGUGAACAACUACAAGAUUUGCUACGUACUGAACAAGGAUCACAUCUUCUACAAGCGGAAGUCGCUGUUGAGGGCAAAAGAGACCCACCCAGCAGUAACGAAAGCCAUGCAUCAACGGUUCGACGCCUUCGUCCAGCGGUGGCUUGAACGGAACGUCAGCGAAGCUCAGCAGGCGAUGUGCAACGAGUGGCUGCUCGGCAGCACCCGGUUCGAUCUGGUCAAGAAUGUGACACUGAUCAAGCGGAUCAACGAUGUCAGCCGGACGCCGUACAUGCUGUACAAUCGGUACAAGGUGGAGAAGCUGGACCAUCAGAGCUAAACGAUUGGAGGAAGUUCCCACGGAAGUAAAAGCAAAAACACCACCCCGCACCGAUUGUGAGUAAACAUAGUAUGAUAUAGUAUUAGGGUGAGACAAAAUACUUUGCCGAUUUGGUUACUGCGCGUAACGUUGUAAUUAUAGAAAGUAAGAAAAUAUUUCCUUUUUCUUUUUUGUUUUAAAAGAAAAUCGUUUUAUUGUCGAUCAUCCAUUUUUAUUAAAUUGAUUACUAUGUAAACAGAGUUUUAACCUUUAUGAGAGUCGAUUUAAAAAAAAUGAAGAAAAAUACAAAAACUAACCGCUGAGAAUCUUGUACAAUAGAGCAAUUUAAUGAGUCUUGCAAAACGAUCAUAGUUAAACUAUUGAUAAAAUAGUUUUAUUUAGACGUUAGGGCUGUAGAGUACUGUUUUCAUUAUGCUUAGUUGAGAUCGUUAAUUUAAAUGAAAUGCGAAACAACAAACUAUGGAAUAAGGACACCAUUGUGUGUGGAGCUAAUAAAUCACCCUAACGAUUAAAA